AUUGCUUCCACCUGGUAAUCUUCAAUCUCUUGAGCUCUACUUGAUACUUAGCACCCUAGCAGUCAAAAUGGACGGUGGAUAUAACAGUGGCUAUGGCGGUUCCUCGUUCGGAGGAGGAGGAGGAGGAGGCGGCGGUUUCAUGCCAGGAGAGAUGAGCGCCAGCCCAGCAGGAGGAAAGGGCGAAAUGAACAACAACACCCUCCGCCCCGUCACAGUCAAGCAAAUCCUCGACGCCUCGCAGCCCUUCCCCGAAGCAUCCUUCCAAAUCGACGGCGCCGACACCUCCAGCAUCGUCUUCAUCGGCCAAGUCCGCAACAUCAGCUCGCAGACCACAAACGUAACGUACAAGAUCGACGACGGCACAGGCGAGAUCGAAGCAAAGCAGUGGGUCGACUCCGCUACCGCCGACACAAUGGACACCGACGACGGAAAGGGCCCCGGCGUGCCGGGCAAGGACCAGAUCGAGCUCAAUGGCUAUGCCAAGGUCUUUGGCAAGCUCAAGACGUUCGGUAACAAGCGCUUUGUGGGCGCGCACUGUGUGCGUCCUGUUAAGAAUAUCAACGAGCUGCACUGUCAUUUGCUCGAGGCUACGGCCGUGCAUCUGUUUUUCACCCGUGGCCCGCCGGGCGGUGCCGCCGGUGCUGCUGCCGGGGCUGGAGGGAUUGCGGGCGCGGUCGGCGAUGCGUCGAUGGGCGGCGCGGAUGAUUACAGUGCGGAUCGAUCGCUUCCGGCUAUGAGUCCUGUUGCGCGGAAGGUCUACUCGCUGCUGCGGACGGAGCCGCAGAGCAACGAGGGUUUACAUUGUCAGUUGAUUGCGUCCAAGCUGGGCCUUCCUCCGGCGGAUGUGGCAAGGGCUGGCGAGGAGUUGCUUGGUACGGGUGUGAUCUUCUCGACGGUUGAUGAGCAGACGUGGGCUAUUCUUCAAUUGUAGGAUAUCGCUUUUUGUCGAUGAUUUUGUUUUCUUUUUAGUGGGAGAGAGAGAGUGUGUGUGUGUGCAUCAGGGUGGGUGAAAAGGAUAUAGCUCGUUUUUAUGCGCUUGUGAUUAGAGCAUAUCCA